AUGCAAUGCAAUCGUUUGCACAAAUUGUGUCAGGCGACCCGUGAUAUGACUAGUCUUGCUAUAGAGGUGGCAAGUAUCUCAGUCCAUGGAGAUGAUAUAGGCCAAGCUCCUAAACAAACCGGAAAUUUGCCUCUGCCACAGCCAGCAAUAUUCCAUCUCUUCUCAAAUCUUCCCCCGGAGGUCCGGCAUCAGGUCUGGAGCUGGAAUGUAACCCUAUCAGAACCACAAGUCCAUUUCUUGAGUCAGGGCAAUACCUUUGGAGGAAACUCUAAAAACGACACACCUCACAUUGGAUCACCCCCAUUACCUGACGCCCUAAUGAUCAACAAAGAAUCGCGAAGCAUCGCUCUGGAACAUUACAAGCUCUUCCCAAGGUACCCCCCAGAUUCGUACUCCCUGGCACAGAUGCCUCACGGAUACAGCGAUCCCAGAAAAGACAUUCUACAUAUACCAAACAUGUUGCGCAACCAUGAUUGGAGUUUUGGAAACAUACCAUUUCGUGAGAUUACCAUUUGUAUGCAGAAGGGCGACAAUCCAGGCGGGCCACUUCAGUUUCCCAAUACGCAUAUGCAAGAGCUCACCUCUAACCUGCCGAUGGAGCUCAUCAAAAUGUUGAAACAGAGGCUUGCUUUGGGAUUAAUCCAACCUGGGGAGUCAUUUGCGCCGAGUAUCACGUUUGUUUGUGUGGAUAGACAGCAAAGACACAGUCACUAUUGUAGUCAUGCAUGGCCUAUUGAUAGGCCGUAUAACAGCAGGACCUUGGAUAGUAGCAAAGUGGCCUGGACGAUGCCGCAUUCGAGAAAAACCUCCAAAUGGAUUGCAAUUUUACACAGAAGCAUAUCCGGUAAACUCGUUGACGAGCCAGACAGGAAGAGGUAUAUCCCGGCGGUUGAGUGUACAAGUAUGCUCCUGAUUUGCAAGUGCCGACAGGUAGCUGACAGAUUGAGGGACGGCAAGUAUGGGAACUGGAUUAGACACAUGGAAAGGGGAAAAAAGGCAAAGCCAGGAUAUGUCUGGGCGUAA